AAUAAUGCUGAUUAUUUCAAUUUCACAGUCGACUGUUCUUCUCUUUCCCAUUUCAUGUUUUUGAUUGGAGGACGACCAACAUAAUUGGCCAAGUUCCACUACUUGCAGCGCCUACUAGUCUAAUAGUUACCUAAUACUUCUUAUAGUGGUAACAAACUCGUUAUGCUCAUUAUUUCGUUUAAUGCUUCACCUCGCGUUUGUCAUCUACGCCAUACCCCUAUCACCAUCCCCAUCUAACACCUGACGUUCAACACGGAGUGUUAACAAACAGUGAGAAUGGAAUUCCAGGCUAUAAUGGAUCCUCCUAGCCAACCAAACAUUGGCCUAGGUAUUAUGGAGGCAAAGCCCAAAGGCUCCGCGUCCCUUGCCGCUAUUGUAUCGGCUUUCGUUCCCACCUGGGCUACCGGACUUCUUUUUGUUGCUAUAUUCGUCCUCAUCCGACAUAGAUAUCCCAAUAUUUAUGCCCCUCGCACGUUUAUUGGAAGUAUACCAGAGAAAGAUCGAACCCCUUCUGCUAGCCGUUCAUACUUCAAUUGGGUUCAUACUAUGCGCCAAGUUCCCGAUAAAUUUAUCUUGUAUCACGAAUCACUUGAUGCUUUCCUUUAUCUCCGUUUCCUCCGGACCAUCAUCUUCAUCUGUUUCGUCGGUUGCUGUCUCACAUGGCCUAUUCUCAUGCCCAUAAACGCUACUGGCGGUGGUUCCUCAACCGAACUUGACAAGAUAGGCAUCGGCAAUAUCAAGAAGAAGAGCCAUUACUAUGCUCAUGCAGUCAUGGCCUGCGUAUUCUUCAGUUUCGUCAUGUUCACUAUCGUACGAGAAAGAUUCUGGCUCAUUGGCUUGCGUCAAGCCUGGACCCUUUCCAAGCCCGUCUCGCGACGGCUUUCUUCGCGCACUGUCCUUUUUCUAUCUGCGCCGAGGGAUUCCCUGGAGCAGAGUAAUAUUCACCGUUUCUUUGGCGAAGAGGCUUUGCGCGUGUGGCCAGUAGCGAAAAUAGAUGCUAUAGAAAGUUUGGUGUCGAGUCGUAAAUCCAAAGUCGAACAGUUAGAAGCCGCAGAGAUGUCUCUCAUUCGAAGGGCUUACAGAGCAGGGAAAAAGCUUGCCAAGAACUCCAAUACUACGAACGGCAUUCUAACUUACGAGGCCAUUCCUGACUCAGUGAAGAAGUCUAUCCGGCCUCGACACAAGGUUGAUAUUUCUCUAAUGAAGGAAAAUGUGGACAGCAUCGAGUGGCUGCGUAAGAAGAUCAAGGAGGAAGACGCAGAGAUUGAAGAUGCACGGAAAGCUUACGAGAUUGGCGAGACUCAUGGAGGAGCGGCAGUAUUCGUCGAAUUUACUACGUGUGCCGAAGCUCAGCGCGCAUGUCAGCAGGUCGCAUCUAGCAACUUGCUAGCUCUUGGUCCUCGUUAUACUGGUGUUUUACCCAACGAAGUCAUAUGGAAAAACCUCACGACUCCACCGGCUCGCCGUAUCUCCGAGGAAGGCACUGCUCUCAUGAUUGUCGUUGCUACAAUUGUCUUUUGGUCCAUUCCCAGCGGUCUCAUUGGUUUAAUCUCCAACAUCGGUUAUCUUGCCGAAAAUUAUGAGUGGUUGAGCUUCUUAAAGAACCUACCCGAGCCGGUCAUUGGUCUUCUCUCUGGGCUGGUACCACCUUUAGCUACCAGCUGGCUCAGUAAAUUGGUACCAGGCAUAUUUAGGUACAUUUUCAAAUCGUUUGGAUGCCCUACCAAUACGGCCACUGAACUCAAGGUUCAAAAAUGGUACUACAUUUUCCAGGUGAUACAGGUCUUCCUCGUCACUGCUGUCUUCUCCGGCGCAGCACCCGUUGCCGCGGAGCUGAUGAAAAGGGUCAAGGAUCCCACCUCAAUUCCUGAACUUCUAGCAAGGCAGCUUCCCAAGGCGUCAAACUUCUACUUGACUUAUUUCAUUAUUCAAGGCACUACGUCUGCUGCUGACAAUCUGCUUAACUACUCGGACCUUCUCUCAUAUCUAUUCUAUGACUACUUCUUUGAUAAGACUCCGCGACAGAAGUUUACCAGCUAUACGAGUAUGAAGGGGAUUGCGUGGGGUAAAUUGUACCCAAAGUUUGCCAAUUUUGCCAUCAUUGCGAUCGCCUACUCUUGUAUCGCACCGCUAGUACUUGGUUUUGCUGCUGCCGGACUAUCCCUAUACUACAUAUCUUACCGAUACAAUCUUCUCUUCGUCAUCCAGCCCAAGAUUGACACGAAGGGACAAGCCUAUACCCUUGCCUUGCAACACCUCCUUACCGGGAUCUACAUUGCCGAGCUAUCCUUGUUCGGCCUCUUCGUCAUGAGGACAUCUACAGGUCCUUCUAUCAUAAUCGUGAUUCUGCUCAUCGUAACUGUGCUAUACAACGUACUGAUGAAUAAAUACCUUGCGCCGCUCGAGCAGUUUUUGCCGGCCGACUUGACGGCCCGAUCUGAAGGAGGCGAUGAAGGUGCACCGCUACUAGCAUCAGCGGAGGAGGGUCAGGCAAACACGAUAUCACAUAUUCAGCGCCUAGGACAACAGGCACACAUACCUCAGACUGUUGCAGAGCGAGUGCUAGACCCAAUCGCCCGCUUCUUCGAACCGCAAUUCUUUGCCUCGUACAACGCUAUGCGAGCCUGGCUUCAAGAAGGGGGCUCGUUCGAGGACGAAGAUGACGUACAGGAGUACUCGGAAGAGCAACUCCGCAGCGCGUACCUUAACCCCGCGCUGACGAGCAAGACGCCUCUGAUCUGGCUUGCUAAGGAUCCGAUGGGAGCUAGCAAGGUGGAGAUCUCGGAAAAUGAACAGAACGGGCUGAAGGCGAGUGAUGAGGGUGCUUGGUUGGAUGAAAAGGGGAAGGUGAAGUGGAGUGUGGAAGACUUUAGUGAGGUGCCGAUUUGGAAAAAGGGCGUAAAGUAUUAGCCGAGGGAAGUCGACAUCUUAGGAUCAGAGAGUGAGAGUUCAUGGUGUUAGUUGGCUUAGUAGAUACUAUCUAGGUCGCUUUAUAGCGUGUCUCUUGAAUUACUGGCUUAAUGACCAAAGAACAUACGGGUACCUACCGCUCAGAUUAUGUAUCAUCUUGGCCGUCCUUGUGAUGUAUUUACCAG